AUUGAUGGAAUGGUUGAUUAAGCUUGUGUAGAAUUUUCAAUUCACAUUUUUUUUUUCCAAUCAUGGGCGGUUUUUGCUACUUCUGCACAAAACUUGUGUGGCUCAGUCUCGGCCAGAGUUUGCAUGCACAUGCACAAGGAUGUGUAGAAUGCAAGUGAAUAGACUUCACUGAAUUUACAGCAAUCUUGGUCACCGUAGUUUUGGGAAACUUGUCAAGAAUGUUUUCAAUAACUAUGGUCUAGAUUAAAGAUAUUUUCUUUAAGUAAUAAAGCUAAAGGGAAACGAUGUUUCAGCUUACUUGGAAGUAUAUGUAUACUAUAAGGAGCAAUAUCGACUAUUUUAUAAUGCUCUCAUAGUCCUGUUAUGAAGCGCAAACCUUGUACUAGAGACGUCACUUUUUGUACUUCCAGGGGCUACAGAAAAACAACCAUAUAAGAUAUUCAGAAAAUAAGAUCAUAUUCGAAAAUAAGAGACUAAACUGGGAAUUUCCCUUAAUUAGCUUCAUGAUUAACGAAAGUGGAUCUCUGAGGCACAUCUCUCCCUAAUUUUCACACUGAAGAAAGUGUGGGCUUGUACAGAGUGGCAUGCUUCAAGUUGACUAGGCAAUUUCAUUUUGCCUUCAAAAUGUAGGACUACAGUAGGCACCCUUUAAUAUGAACAUGAAGAGACCUUCAAAAAUUGGUUGUCUUAUCAACAGCUUACUUAGCCAUUUGCCUCGUGUGCCCAUUUUCUAUGGCACUCGCGAUUGACAGUGCCGAUUGUCACAUUACUUUGUUCGCUGCUUUUUGAGCUCUUGGUUUCUUUUUCCUUUCUCUUCAUUAUUGACAUCAUACAAGUUUGAAUCUUUUGUUUCCACUCAUUUAUGUAAAAUUCUGCAUUUUUUAUCAUAUGACCUAAUUUUGCACAGCUGGUUUCCCGAUUCCUUUGUUGACAGAGGUGUCAGAAAUGCUCAGGGUGAGGUAAAAGAGGUCUAGUGGGGUUGAGGCGUGCUGCCCAAGUUUGGUGUGUCUGGCCAAAGCGCAUGCAUAGGAAAUCAUUUCAAAAAUUUCGGUGGGACACUGCCAUGUUUGCCACCACUCAUUUAGCUAAAAUUAUUUGCCACGAGCUUUGUCUUCAAGCUUCUGCAGCAAAUAAGAGACAGGCAGACUUCCUCAAUAUGGUCUGCUUUUUCUUUGGUUGUGUGCAUCUAUGUGUGAUGAAUGUUGAUCAGAGGUCACCCUUGAGUGCACGUGGAUCUUUCAAUUUUCUUGAAAUUUCUAUCGCCUCCUCGGUUAUAUUAGUGCUUCAAACACAAUGUGUUCAAGUGAACAGAAUGCCAUCUUCGGGACACAUAUAGUUUUUAAACACGUCAUAGUUUUCUUUUUAAUUAAUAAAGGGUGCUUCAGUUUAUUGGAAUUUGUUGUUGCUAAAGUGCCGAAUGGCUCAUGCAAUUUCAUGGCAGUGUAAUAGGAUAAAUGCAAUGAAUGCGCACAAAACUGUGCUCUGCUUGACCUUUUUGAUUUUAUUUCUUGUGAUAUCACAACUGCAAACCGUAAAACAACAUUUGCAUUUCAUUCAUUACUAAGCAGAAGUUGACAGAGAACAAAAAGAAAAGCCAGGCAAUGUGUGUAUUCCAACAACCAUACACCUGAAUAGUUUAAUGAUUCGACAUUUUGUCUCAUCACUUAGCUUCCAUUUUAGAUGUUCAUGUGUCUUUGUUGCUCUUCAUAAGCUGCAUAGGUCCAGAAUGUGCGUGCUUCUUUUUCAUAUACUUCUAGAGGAAUUAGUUUGUAAAAAAACUGCACACUACAGGUAGAGAUAACUGCACGUCACAAUGCAUGCAUAGCUUUAGUGGUAGCAGUUACCGUGCCCAGACAAUUUACUGUUGCAACUGAACCCUCCCCCCAACCCUCAAGCACACAUGCACACACUAACAAAAGCUUGCAGCUUGCCUUAUUAUCCUAUUAUGUCAUUAGAGGUGUGCUACCAGUGUCACAUAAGUAAUGUAGAUGUUCACUGACUGGUGAACAUUUAGGUUACUUGCAUAUUGGCUAUAAACUUCAAUAAGUCCGAAUGAAGCCUGAAAGACACUGUUAGACGUCACUGUCAACAGCCAUCGAUAUUAGCCAUGCAGCACUGUUAGAGUGCAAGUGUGCACACUGAGCACCGAUGCAAAAAUGAAACAUGCGAUUUGCAUUCAAGACUGCCUAUUCUCAGUGCUUCUGCUUUGAAAUUGCACACACAUCACGGGUCAUUGGCUUUGUCAAAAGAGUUGCAUGCCAGGUAUCGGCAAGUGGGGUUCAAUCUUGCACGUCUACUGUAAUCAUUCAAGUAGUUUUCCAUUUCGCAUUUGACUGCCCUCUAGGCUGCAGAGCAGGCAUACAUGUUGUCACUCACAUACACUCACCAUUCAAUAAGGACAGGUUCAACACGUGAGUGCCUCAUUCUGUAUUCACAGCGAUAUGUCUUGGGGUUGCAAGCAAGCACUCGUUGGCUUGGGAAGCUUUUUUGCUCCACAUGUGUUACUUUUGACAUCCGUGGCUGCUAUGGGAAACUUCAGCCAUGUUUCUUUCUCUCUCUGCAGCAUUGCACUUUAUAGAUCUUGACCAUGCUGAACAUGUUAGAAUUUCCCCAUCAAAAGACAGAAUUUCGGUACACUGGUCUAAACUGUUAUCAGCAAAGAAAGCUUUAGAUGCAUCACUGCUGUUCUUUCUCACAUGUGGACUGCAUGAUAAGCUGUAAGAGUUGCGAAUUUUAUCAUGCUUAUGUGCAAGUUUUAUUCUUUUCACAAUCUCGUCGCUGCUCAUGUUUCGCUAUCACCACCCUCUAACCCCAUUACUGAGUAAUCAACUGAACAUUACUGGUUAACUUCACUUAUUCCCUUUCAUUUCCCUCUCCUUUUUUUUUUGCUGCGAAUGUGCCAUUUUAAUUUGUGCAGACUCCGUUGCUGUGGAUCACCGCCCUGAGCAACAAUCUAUUCCAGACUCGCGCAUGGGAAGUCGCAAGAAGGGAAGGAGUCUGCGGCGGUGUCUUGUGUGUGGCUACACUACAAUUUUCAAGUCGAGCAUGCAAAAUCACCAAAGAAGACACACGGGUGAGCGCCCGCACCAGUGUGACUACUGCAGCAAGGCCUUCACGAGGAAAAACAACCUAAUUGCGCACCUACGUAUGCAUACCGGCGAGAGACCCUUCCCAUGUCACCUCUGCCCCAAUGCCUUCACGCAGAAGAGAAUCCUUGAGGCCCAUAUUCGAACACACACGGGCGAGAAGCCGUUUAAGUGUCGGUUCUGCCCGACUGGUGCGGGGGAAUUCGACUACCCUGACCUGGACAAUCAGAAUGGUCAACAGUUCACAGCACUCUGCCCAUUUUGUUGCACCACCUCGUCAGCCUCCGCCCCUAAUGUUGUGCCUUCGCUGCCGCAUAUGACGCUAUCACAAGGCAAUCGGGAAGCAGGAGUUGAAGCCAUUCUCAGGGAAGUCGUCGUACCUGAAGUGAGCUGCAACCUGGUCAGGUUCUCAGACCGCAUCUUCCAGCAGUCUUUUGUGUCGUGUUCGGGAAUCGUCUGUCUUGCAGGUACCGUCAAAUGGCAGCACAGUGCUCAUCAGCACGCAGACAACUCGUCUGCCACUCAAGCGGGACAACAUUUCUCACACACAGAAGUUAGCAGAAGUGGCCUGUGCCCCUCUGAAAAUGUGGACGUCGAACAGCACACUUGCAGCUACUGCAACAAGUCCUUCACAACGCGUGGCAGCCUGACCGUUCACCUCCGCAUCCACACCGGCGAGAGACCAUUUCGCUGCAACCUGUGCCCUCGGGCCUUCACGCAGAAAGUGAACCUCAAGUAUCACGUGCUGACGCAUACCGGGGAGAGACCGUUCCAGUGUCGCUUUUGUCCCAUGGCCUUUGCCCGCAAGUUGUCGCGGAGGUACCACGAACAUCGCAUGCACUUAUAAGGGACCGCAGCACCUUGAAGGGCUGGCCGCACAGUACUGGUGACAAUUGCUGGUGGUGAGCAUUGCAGGAAACCUUCGCAAGAGAGAGGUUCUUGCUCGUCUUCAGUUGCUAUGAGAGUGUCAGGAUUGUCAGGCUUUGCAAAAUGGCAAUGUUUACAUAUAGGUAAAGAGACACUUAAGUGGAACAACUAAAGCUACUUCAGCAGCAUUCCAAAGGCCUGGAGAGAAUGGCCACAGCUAGUCAUAUAGGGAGCUUGAAUAAUGCGGUAAGACAGUUUGCAUUACAGAUAAAACAAUGAAAGAAAUGUGAUUUAAUGCUAUCUGCUUAACUAUGCAGUAAUUUUGCAGCUGCGCUACAGAGUAUUGUGAAAUAUAAAUGCGUGACAGUGGGUACAACUGACAGUACGUUCUGAUGAUUGAUAUUGUUAUAGAGGUAUUUGGAAAGGACGAACCUGCGUAGAAAGCAGUGAAGUAGUGGCAGGCCAUUUGCUGGAACUGUCAGUGUAUCACCUUCUUGUCUACCUUUACAUGUCAAUACUUUAUAUGCCAGGUAUUUCCAUGAAGACUUUUAGUAAUAUUUAAGCAGAGCCAGUUUGAAAUAAAAGGACAAUUCCUUCGAAGCCAUGCUGUGAGCGGUGGCGACCAUGGGGUGAUGCGUGAUGAAAUGUAAUUAGUCCUUAAUUAACAAUAAUCUAAUAAUUAUCAUUUAGACUUCAUUUCAGCGGGCUCAUCAUCAUCAGGAAAUUGAAGCGAGCUCCUUGUACGAGCCUCAUCAACUUUUGGAUCGGAAAAUAUGCGAUUACCCGAGUAACUGCGGCCCGAGGAAUCUUGGAUAUCUGAGCAUGUUAAACUAAAACUGGGAGGCAGCACCGUGCAUGUAGUCACACCCUGUGAAACAAUAUUCUGUUUGCUUCAUCCAGUGGCAGGCCAGCCUGCGAGCUGCAACAGCCAGGAGCAAAGAGCUGCAACACGCUGGCUACCCACUGCUAAAUGAUGCAAUCUGAAUGUUGCCUUGAGGGGCCCUGCUAGGCGUGUGCCGCAGCCUCCAAGUUUCAGUUUUGCACGCUCGGAUAGCUGAAUUUGGUCGUGCCACAGUUCUGCAGGUAAUCACAUCUUUUCAGAUGCAAAAGUUGGUGUGACAUUUAUGGGGGGGGGGGGGGGGGAGGCGCUCCCUUCAAUUUGCCAUAUACGAUGAGCCCACUGAAGUUAUAAGCUUAAAAGUUAAUUAUUAGAUCUUUUGCAAUUAGUGACUAAGUGCUUCGUAUCACUCGUCACCCCAUGGAAGCCACCGCUUACGGCAUAUUUUAGAAGGAACUGCUCUUUUAUUUCAAAAGGGCUCUUUUUAAAUACGACUGGAAGUCUUUGUAGAAACACCCAGUAUACAUUUGUGUCAGGCAAACUCUGCGUAACAAUAUAUUUUCACAUUGAAUCAAGACUUUGUGUGAUGAAAGCAUUCCAGUCAUGAAGUUGUUGUGCUUGGCUUGUCCAAGGUUGCUACAAAAUGCUCUUUCCAGCUCACAUUGAGAGAUUCACCUACUUCGUGAGAUGCUCGCGCUUUUACCUGGAAAUCAAUGCAACAGACGGAUUACAUCCAGAAUUCUGCACUAUAUUCCAUGUGUGCCUACAAGACCAUUGUUGAGGAGUUGGUGUUAAAGAGUUGCCUCAGUGUUCUUAAGUAUUGCUGCUCUGCUGUGUGGUGUGGUGGUGUUUAAUGGUGUACCUCAUAUAUGCCCAAUUAUUGUUCGUCCUUGGCAUGUUUUUUUUCUUUUCUUUUUUGCAUUGUGUCGUUCUGCCUCAGACCAAAUGUAGGUUGUGAGAGUUCCUUAUCAAAGUGCAAUGGAUGACGAUUUCACUGUCAUGUUUAUGCACAGUGUAAUAGUAGUUCCACUCAACACAAUGUGGGUGGCAGUGUUGGAGGUUGUGUUCGUGUUUUAUUUUGAUCUGCAAUGUUGUUUACUUCCUGCGUUUCACAAUCAGUGUGCUUAGAAUGGCAAAAGCAUUUCUUAAAGGCACUUCAGAAUGCUGAAUAUAAGUUGUAAAUCUGCACCUAAAUUGUGUAUUGCUAACAGAAGCUGUGGCUAAAGCACCAAAAAAUUUCAAAGCAAAGAUUUACUUGAGGGAAGGUUUACUGGCUGCCUUUGGUAUUUCUGUACUAAUAAAAACACGUUCAUUUCUUCAUUUUAUUGUUGCUUGUUGUCGCUGAAGUACCAAAAGACGCAUGUAAUUUUAAGGCAGUGUGAUAGGAUAAAUGCAAUGAACAGAAAAUAGUGCUCCAUUGAUAACUUUAAUCUCACAAAUGCUAACCAUAAGGCAUAGAAUGCAUAUAAUACAUUAGCAAGUAUAAGUUGACAGAGGAGAACAAAUAAAGCCAGGCAAUCCCGUACUCUGACGACUACACUAAAUUA